CAGUUACUAAACCACACUGUCGCCUGAGCGAAGGGCAGCAGACCAGAGGCAGAGAGAAAACAAUGAUGUUAUUAAGUAUCCCCGGAUUUCUUUUAACUCUUACGAUUUUGGAUACUGGUCAUGCUUCCACCUCUGGGCCUAACGUCGCGUCUCCGGAGCCAGAGGUGAGCGGAAACGGCGUCCCAGGGAGCGAAAGCAAUGUUUUGCAUUCCUUGCCGCGCCAGGCGCAGAGCUCGUACUUCCCCAGCCUGCUGCUGUCGGCUUUCCCUGAAGAUCUGGAAGUCGGCGAUUACUGCCGAGAGCUGCUCCACAUCUUCGGCCAGCGAUAUGUAUCGUACGUGAACUGCCUCGUCCCGUCCGCGCGCCCUGUCAAGAUCUGUCAGAACUGUCACGUCGAGUUCAACAACUUGCAGGACAUCUAUUCCAACAUAUCAUCCGAACAGCUCGGCCCUGGUAACGCAAGCUGUCGCGACACGCUGCUGCGCUCCGACAGGCUGAUGCUGGUGUUUCAGCUGUUUCACGACCUGCAGCAGAUAUGGGCUAUCUCCAACUGCGCGCGUUGUCUCUCUGAAGGCGGACAGAGCUUGUCGAACGUCACUCUGUACUAUAUGGCUACACUGAAUCAGUCACUCAGCUGCUUCGAGAAACACCAGCAGCAGGGGAACCACUCUGAGCUGUGUAAGGAGUGCAAAAAGGCCUACAGGGAUCUGAACGAGCUGUACAGCAGGAUGGAGAAGAACGAGAGCCUCUGCCUGGACAUCGAAGACGCAAUGAACAUAACCCGCAAGCUGUGGAGCAAGACCUUCAACUGCUCCUUCCCCCGGGAGGAGACGGUGCCGGUCAUCGCCGUGUCCAGCUUCAUGCUCUUCCUGCCCAUCAUCUUCUACCUGAGCAGCUUCCUGCACUCGGAGCAGAAGAAGAGGAAGCUCAUUCUCCCCAAGCGAGCGACAUCACACACCAACCUGAUGAACAUCCAGGACAGGUCUCGAUCAGAGCAGGUGCUGCACGGAGAUUACAGGUGAAGGGCGCCCCCGCCUGGCCAGCGUGCCACCCCACCCGGGGCGGGACUCCCC